CCUAAUUUACGUUGCUCAUGGCAGGUCGCUCUUCACUGUUCCUCAAUACCCCAGAAGCUCGACUCCUCCACCUUGUCAACCUCCUCCUCACUCUCCAGCGCUGCGAGUCGACCUUCAAACACCAUAAACCUGGCUGUUUGGCCUCGCGCCUCAUCAUCGUCGCUAACAUCCCCGUCGCUUUCUACAGCGCCUGGACUCUCUACCGUCUGUUCCGACCUUCAUAAACCAUGUCGCACGUCACCGUCUUCAACGCCUCGGCCAAGUCCGUCCGCAUACCUACAACGCCCACAAAGUAUCUCACCGAGGUCCGCGACGAGGCUUGCCAAAAGCUGGGGAUGAGCAAGGACAUCUACACCCUCAAGUACAACAACAAGCCUAUUUCGCUAUCACAGCAGAUCCGUCUCGCCAAUCUGGCCCAAGGCGCCCGGCUGGAGUUGGUUCAGGCCUCUCGUUCGCCGACCGUCAUCACAGUAGCACUCCAGCUACCUGACCAACGCUUGACCAAGAAGUUGCCCAACAACAUCUCACUAUGGGAGAUCUUGCGCCAAUUCGAGAGUCAGCCGGGCCACAACUUCAACUUCACUCAACGGGGAGUCCCUGAAAUGAGCUCCAACGGAGCCUCCGGCGCAGGUCGACUGAACUACGAAAUGCCUGUCAUUACUGUUCUUCCUGAUCACAAGAAAUAUGCGACGUUUGGUGAACUCCAGAAGACACUGAGCCAGUUGGGCUUCGACAGCGGGUCGGCGUUGCUGAAGCUCAGCUAUCAGAAUAGCGGCACACCUCUCGAAGAGGCCAUGACGCAAAUCACACAAUACUUCAAGAGCUCGGAACCUGCAGCAACAAGUGGUGCUCAUGCGCAGACUGCUUCACAGACAGCUUCCGUUCCAAACCCUGAUGCAAGGAUCGAGGACUCCACAGCCACCGUCGCAGGUCAAACCACACGGCUGAAUGAACCUGACCCGUCGUCCUUGGAUGUAGAUAUGGACAGGGACAACGAGCCUUCUGAAGAUGCCGCUUCUGCACCUGCAGAACCCUCAGCGGAGACAUCGAAUGCUGUAUCUACCACAGAAGCGGUACCCUCGACAACAACAUCCUCGCCACCACCACCAUCUUCAACCAAUUCCCGCAACAUCCAGGUAUUCGCCGCUCCAACCUCCACCACUCCACAAGCUGCCCGCCAAUCCUACAACGAAGCCGACUACGUCCCGACCGUCGAGCACGCCAAAUCACACCAAGCGUCGCUCAACUCGCGUACACGCAAUACACGCCUACUUUCGGACAAGGAACUCGCCGAUCUCGCGCAAGAGCGCACCCAAAAACAAACCCAGACUCAAGAAAAAGGUGGCAAGAUCCGUCUCCGCUUCCCAGACGGCGCCCUCGUCGAAUCCACCAUCACCAAACUCGAUACCGCCGCCACCGUCUACGACAUCGCAACAUCCGUCCUCGACCCCAAUCUUGCAUCUCAACCGUUCCAACUCCUCCGUCGUGACCCCGACAAUCCCGUCCGUCUAGCAGCGCUCCCGCGCGAUCCCAAGACCCGUCUCUUCGCGGACGCUGGGCUGGGAAAUUCAGAAAUGCUGACGUUUCGCUGGGACGAAGCGGCGAGUCCGCAGGCGAGGGGUACCCGCAACGUGCUGAGCGCAGAAUGGCAGCGCAAAGCGGCGGUCCUCAAGGUCGAGGAUCCGGUUGCUGCUCCCGCUCCCGCUGCUGCGUCCGGAGGCAAAGGCGCUGCGGGCGCUGAUGCCAAGGGAAAGCGAAAGACGGAGAUGAGCAGCGAGGAAAAGGAGAACAAACUCAAGAAUAUCCUCAAGGGUGGCAUUUUUGGCAAGAAAAAGUAG